AUGACGCACAACUGCCCGCUUUACAUCAGCGUCGUUCUGUGUCUGCUCCUGCUGAUGCGCGCACAACCGGUGCGAGCUGCCUCCAAGGCCAUCGUGUGUGAACCCAUCACGGUCCCCAUGUGCAAGGGCAUCGGCUACAACCUCACCUACACUCCCAACCAGUUUAACCACGACACUCAGGACGAGGUGGGGCUGGAGGUGCACCAGUUCUGGCCGCUGGUGCGCAUCCACUGUUCCCCGGACUUGCUCUUCUUCCUCUGCAGCAUGUACACCCCUAUCUGCAUCCCGGACUAUCGCAAGCCUCUGCCCCCGUGCCGCUCUGUGUGCGACCGGGCCAAGCGCGGCUGCUCCCCACUGAUGAGCCAGUAUGGUUUUGAAUGGCCCGAGAGGAUGAGCUGCGAGGGGCUGCCAGAGCUGGGUGAUGCUGACCGCCUCUGUAUGGACCGGAACAGCAGUGAUGUCACAACUCUGUCCCCAGGCCCGGCCUUCCCCCCGAAGCCUACCCCCAAGGCCCCCCACCGCAACCCAGCCCGCCGCAGGCCGCCUCUCCUGCCCAAACCCCACCACAGUCACCACCACCAGGACUGUGAACAACGCGGCUGCCGCUGUCGCCACCCCCUGGUGUCCGUCAAGACUGAGGCCCGCUCACUGUACGGCCGCGGCGUCCACACAGGCCCCGUGGAGAACUGCGCCCAGCCCUGCCGUCAGCCCUACUUUACCCCGGAUGAACACGCCUUCACCUCCCUCUGGAUCGGCCUGUGGUCGGUCCUCUGCUUCGUCUCGACCUUAACUACUGUGGUCACGUUCCUGAUUGACCGCGACCGCUUCUCCUACCCCGAGCUGCCUAUCGUCUACCUGGCUGCCUGCUACCUCUUCAUCUCCCUGGGAUACAUGGUGCGGCUGGCGGCGGGCCACGAGCGUGUGGCGUGCUCCGAGGACGGCGGGCACGUGCUGUAUGAUGCUUCGGGCCCUGCCGGCCUGUGCACCUUGGUGUUCCUGCUGGUCUACUUCUUUGGCAUGGCCGGUGCAAUCUGGUGGGUGGUACUCUCGCUCACCUGGUUCCUGGCGGCGGGCAUGAAGUGGGGCAACGAGGCCAUCGCCGGGUACUCGCAGUACUUCCACCUGGCCGCCUGGCUGGUGCCCAGCAUCAAGACCAUCGCCGUGCUGGCCCUGAGCGCUGCAGACGGAGACCCUGUGGCAGGGAUAUGCUACGUGGGAAACCAGAGUGUGGAGAGCCUGCGGGGCUUUGUGCUUGCGCCCCUGGUGGUCUACCUCUUCACAGGCUCCCUCUUCCUCCUAGCGGGAUUUGUAUCGUUGUUCCGCAUCCGCAGCGUCAUCAAGCAGGGGGGGACCAAGACGGACAAGCUGGAGAAGCUGAUGUUAAGGCUGGGCCUCUUUACCGUCCUCUACACGGUCCCUGCCGCGGUGGUGGUGGCCUGUCUGGUGUACGAACAGCACCUCAGGCCCCAGUGGGACAGGGGCCUUUCCUGCUCCUGCCAGGCUGAGAGAGAGAGGCUCGGCCUAGGGCCGGACCACGCCAUCUUCAUGCUGAAGUACUUUAUGAGCCUGGUGGUGGGGAUCACCUCAGGGGUGUGGGUGUGGUCUGGGAAGACUCUGGAGUCGUGGAGGAGGUUCCUGGGGAGGUGCUGCUGUUCAUGUCCCUGCUGGGGCCACAAACCGUCCAGCGCGUCAGUGUACAGCGAGGCCAGCACAUCCCUCACGACACGCACCGGGCUGCUCCCCUCGCAGUCUGACCACAAGUCCCUGUCGCACCCAUCUGUGUGA